CCUCCGUUCUCUGUACACCUGAUUUGUAGAUCAGAGCUCAGACUAUUUUCACCUUUGAGGAAGUAAAACUGUCUCAGUUAUCGAGAGGAGAAAUGGCGCAGAAAGGAGAUCAGCUGGACCAGGAAACCUUUUGUUGUUCGAUCUGUUUGGAGGUUUUAAAGGAUCCGGUGACUAUUCCCUGUGGACACAGUUACUGUAAGAAAUGUAUUAACAACUACUGGAAUGGAGAGGAGCAGAAGAAAAGCCCCAGCUGUCCUCAGUGUAGAAACACUUUCAAAAAGAAACCUAAGCUGGUGAAAAACACCAUGUUAGCAGCUUUAGUGGAGGAGCUAAAGAAGACUGGACUCCAAGCUGCUCCUGCUGAUCACUGCUAUGCUGGACCUGAAGAUGUGGCCUGGGAUUUCCGCUCUGGAAGAAAACUGAAAGCCAUCAUCAUCAUCAUCAUCAUUAGCAUCUGUGUGGUCUGUCUGGCCUAUUACUGCCAGAAACACCUGCAGGAUAACAUCUGCCCCCGUCAUGGUGAGGUGAUGAACAUGUUCUGUCGUACUGAUCAGAAGUCUAUCUGUUAUCGCUGCUCUGUGGAUGAACAUAAAGGCCACGACACAGUCUCAGUUGUAGCAGAAAGGACUGAGAGGCAGAGAGAGAUGGAGGUGAGACGACAACAAAUCCAGCAGGAGAUCCAGGACAGAGAGAAAGAUGUGAAGCUGCUUCAGCAGGAGGUGGAGGCCAUCAAUCAGUCUGCUGAUAAAACAGUGGAGGACAGUGAGGAGAUCUUCACUGAGCUGAUCUCUCUCCUCCAGAAAAGAAGCUCUGAGGUGAAGCAGCAGAUCAGAUCCCAGCAGGAAACUGAAGUGAGGAGAGUCAGAGAGCUGGAGGAGAAGCUGCAGCAGGAGAUCACUGACCUGAAGAGGAGAGACGCUGAGAUGAAGCAGCUCUCAGACACCGAGGACCACAACCAGUUUCUCCACAACUACCCCUCACUGUCACCACUCAGUGAGUCCACACACUCCUCCAGCAUCAGCAUCCGUCCUCUCACACACUCCUCCAGCAUCAGCAUCCGUCCUCUCAGAUACUUUCAGGAUGUGACAGCAGCUGUGUCAGAGGUCAGAGGUCGACUACAGGACAUCCUGAGAGACACGUGGACAAACGUCUCACUGACCAUCACUGAGGUGGAUGUUUUACUGCCACAACCAGAACCAAAGAGCAGAGCUGGAUUCUUGAAAUAUUCAUGUGAAAUCACUCUGGAUCCAAACACAGUAAACAGAUGGCUGUUACUGUCAGAGGAGAACAGAAAGGUGACAGGUAUCGACCAACAUCAGUCUUAUUCUGAUCAUCCAGACAGAUUCACUAAAUGGUCUCAGGUCCUGAGUAGUGAGAGUCUGACUGGACGUCAUUACUGGGAGGUGGAGAAGACAGCAGGUGGAGUUGUUGUAGCAGUUUCAUACAAGAAUAUCAGCAGAUCAGGGAGGGAAAGUGGAUUUGGAUUAAAUGACAAAUCUUGGUCACUAGAUUUUCUCUCAGACAGAUAUGGAUUCUGGUACAACAACAUCAAAACCUCCAUCUCAGGUCCUCCUUCCUCCAGAAUAGGAGUUUACCUGGAUCACAGAGCAGGAGUUCUGUCCUUCUACAGCGUCUCUGGAACCAUGACCCUCCUCCACAGAGUCCAGACCACCUUCACUCAGCCGCUCCACGCUGGAGUUUGGGUGUUCGGUUAUGGAGCCUCAGCUGAGUUCUGUAAACUCAGAUAGACGCGUUUCCUUCUCCGUGUUUAUGAGUCAGAGUUGAUUGUUGUGAUGUUUCUUCACCGUUCAGAGAUCCACGUCUCAAACUCUGAUUGUAGAGGAACUUUGUUGUUCAGGUGUUUUGCAGGUUUCACUCUUAUUUCUGGUCAUUUAUUGGAUGUUUUAGGCUAUUUUAUUUGAUCAACCUGAAACUCUAAAUGUGUCUUCAUGUUUUAAUCACAUUAUUCUUCUUCAGCUUCAUGAACCUGAACAUAAAAACCAGCAGAUCUGCAGAUCAGAUGAUGUUGAUGUCUAAAACUGUUGAGGAUGUUUCAUGUUUAACAACCUGAAUAUUUAGUAAGAAAUAAAACUGGUGAUGUUUCAAUAAA